AUGGGCUUCACCGACUUCGUCUCCGACACUGGCUUGACCCUGCUCGACCACUGGGUCAAGACUCGCAGCUACAUCGUCGGCUACGGUCCAUCUCAGGCCGACGUCAAGGUCUUCCAGGGCUUCAGUGAGCAGCCAAAGGUCGAGAAGUACCCACACGCAUACCGCUGGUACAAGCACAUCGCCACCUUCGAGCCAGAGUUCUCCUCGCUUCCAGGUGACCCAAGCAAGGCUGCCACCGCAUACGGCCCAGAGUCAUCUGAGCUCACAGUCAACCCCGCCAAGGCACCAGAGAAGGAAGAGGAGGAUGACGAUGAAGUCGAUCUCUUCGGCUCGGACGAUGAGGAGGAGGACGCAGAGGCCGCCAGGGUCCGUGAGCAGAGGUUGAAGGAAUACGCAGAGAAGAAGGCCGGCAAGACCAAGCCAGCCGCCAAGUCUAUCGUCACAUUGGAUGUCAAGCCAUGGGAUGAUGAGACCGACAUGAAGGAGCUCGAAUCCUCUGUUCGUGCCAUCGAGAAGGACGGUCUCGUGUGGGGUGGCUCCAAGCUUGUCGCUGUUGGCUUCGGUAUCAAGAAGCUCCAGAUCAACUUGGUCAUUGAAGACGACAAGAUUUCCCUUGACGAGCUCCAGGAGCAGAUCCAGGACAUCGAAGACUACGUCCAGUCUUCCGACAUUGCUGCCAUGCAGAAGUUGUAG